UCUUCCUUAAUGUCAGACACUGUAUUCACAGCCUAUCAGCAGUGCUGAGCCUUUUGCAUUUCCGUUCACAAUUUAUGUAAUGCAGAAAUAGCUCUCUAACUACUGCACUUCAGUUUGUUUUUCACCCUUCUCUGGCUACACUACCUUAUUCUUAACUCAUCGAUCUGUGCUAACAGUUUCUCAUAAUUAAAAUGGAACGAGAAGGCUGCCUAAUGAGCGGUGGUGGUGAAGUAAGUGAGCCAAGUUCUCAAGGUGGCAUGAUCACUCUCGAGGACCUGGAUAACAUGCCUGAAGACCAGGGCUCUGAUUCUGCUUACAACAGUAACAGCAGCUUGGGAAAUGACACGGAACAAAUGGAAGAGCAAGAACAGAACAGGCUGCUUACCUACUGGCAGACUGUAGCAAGGGGUCACCAAGUGCAGGUGCCAGACGAUAUGGCACAACCAAUACUACAGAUGACAAGAAAUAACCAACCACAGUUCAGAGAACAUGUGCCAUUCACACUUUUAAGCUGCAAAGAGAAGUGUGGUGAGCUACUCUACGAAAAACGUCAAUACCAGGCUGCAAAGUGGGCUUGCAUCAAAAUCAGUGAAGGGCAGUAUGAACAGAGUAUAUGUCUGGGUUUUAUGAAGCUGAUGAGAUACAUCUGUGAACAAAACUCUUUAGGUGCAUACUUGGGAAUGACUGUACCUAUUGUGACUGUAGUGCGUACCAAUGAGUUGCGGACAGGGCUCAGUCUUACAGUGACGGUGGCAUAUUACCUGCCAGAACAGUUCCAGGAACAACCGCCUGAGCCUUAUGAUACUGAGAUUGUGAUUGAAGACUGGCCUGCAACAGUUGCAUACACAAGGUCCUUCAGUGGAGCCACCGAUGAAGAAACAAUCAUGAGAGAAAUUAAUCUGUUUACAGAGCUUCUUGACAGUCCCGAGCUACAUCUGAAUGAUACCUACAUCAUAGCAGGAUAUACCAAUCCAGCUGCUCCCAGUCGUCACAAUGAGAUCUGGUUCCUUUAUAGGCCAUAACUGAACUCUGUUUGGAUAUUGUACUACAAAAUACUGGAAUUAUAUAGACUGCACUGGCAUUCACAAUGGACUACAUCUUCAUAUUUAGGUAUGUCAGAUAUAUCCACUGAGAAGAAACCAUCAAACUGCAAAAUGCGAGACAAUCUGUUUAGAAGUGCACAAAUGAAUAUGGUUCUAAAAAAUAUAUAUGUUUUGUAACUAC